AAGCGAGCUGAUUGGUUGCUAUGGGCAACUCAGCAACUUUUCCUCUGGACAGGUUUUGAUAAAUCUUCCCCAUAAUGUCCUAGCAAAAGGUUCAUGCAAGAGGGGCGGAGAAGACCAGGGACCAUGGAAACGCAAAAAACUCCUGCAUUCACAAUAAGUGGACUUUAGGACAUGGAUCCUUCAUCGGUUUCUUGUAUCUGCGAGCUGUGCGACUGCGGGCGGCACAAACAUCACAAGGAUUGCAAAAAACAGCAACAUGUUCAGCGCAGAGGGACAAAUGGCGAAUGCUAUAUCACCCACUACAAGGCCACAUUUAACACCCCAAAGAAUAUGCCUCCAAGAAGUAGUAAACGGCCUCUCCAUACUCCGAUUCCUCGCAACCUUCCACCUAUGAACUUGACAACCACACAGAGGACUGAAUUUAUACCCAGGCCUUUAGAGGGAAGGCCAAAGCCCUAUAUACCUGCUGAGGGCUAUUACCAGAGCCCAGAGGAGCCCCUGAUGAACCAGACAGUUUACAGCCUUCAAUAUCCUCCUAAAGAGGCAGAAAGAACUAUGCCCACACGUCCCCCCGAUAACCUGCGGUCAGUACCUCUACAAAGUGUUCAGCAAAGCACAACAAAUAUGGAACAGUACAAGCAAUGGAAAGCAGAGCGGCAACCGCUUUAUGGAGAACUGCCAUCUCUUGCAGGUUCUCUGCUCUUUCCUGGGGAUACUCGGGACAUGAAAACGACAACCCAAGAUCAUUUUGUAGAGAAAAAACUGAAGAGGGUGGAACUAGUAAAAGCUUUACAAGAUCACCUGACCAUGGAAGGUGAACAUUUCAUGACUACAACACACCAAUCAACAUAUCAUCCUCUACCACUGGAAAAGAAACAAAUAAAUAAAGAAGUUUUAUCUAAAGAUGUCAUGAAGCGCCCUCCUGUAGAAAUGGUGACUAAGUAUCAAAGUGACUUCUCUGGCUUCCAUACCACAGAGCCCAACCGGCCGGCCCAUCCACCUGCUGACAGCCUUAUAGUCAACCCAUUCUACAGUAAUGACUUUCAGACAGUUCAAAGAGCUACAUACCCAGGCUGGAAUCCUUUGCUGCAUCCUCGGCCUGAGCCAGCUCAGUUAAAGGAAGAACUUACUGCCAUGGAUAGAGAACGGGGAGGACAGGUGGAUGGAAACACUGUUACAAAGCUGGCAUUUCUGCCUCAUGAACCACAUCCCAAGGAGCCAGUAAAACGACCACGAUCAGUUCUCCGACCAAUAAAUGCAAAAUUUGAUGGCACCACCCACAGUAAAAGUGUGUUCAAAGACUGGGGCGUUCAACCACGGCAGCGUUAUGGUGAUUCUGUGGAUGGUAUCUCAAUGAGGUCUUUGGUGAAACUUCAGUCUGAGACCACAACAGGGAGCACUUUUGUACCUAAGAAAGUAGAGCCAAUGAAGAAGCAUAAGCCCACAAAGGACAACUUGGAGUUAACUGGAGACCAGGACUUCUCUACUGUUCACAAGCAGACAUACAGAACACCAGAACUUCCUCAGUGCCGAAUGCAGGCGUUUCUGGAGCAGCAGAAGGGAAUGAAGUCUCCUCGGCCACAAAGAGAAUAACAAUCCUUACAUCGUGUCACCACUUAUAUUGUACAACUAUUUCUAACAUAUGAAAUGCCCUAUGCAUGUGCAGUAUAGAGUGUUCAAGGACAAGAUUUAAGCUAAUUUACAGUAUUUUCUGCAUAAGACCUACUAUCAGUAAAUGUUUUUUUCAAA